CGUCAGUGGGGAGGGCUGAUGCCCCCAGACUUUGCUGUUUUGGGCUUUCUGGCUGCUGUUAGUAUAACAUGGCGCUGGGCUAGGUGAACCUUUGGCCUGAUCCAGCUGGGCUGUUCUGAUUUGUUUGUUUAAAAAGAUUUCUAGGCUACCUUUCUAAUAUUCUGUUCCAGAAUAUUGAGAUCUGUUAACCAGGCUCCUCCCUCCUUCGCUUGCCCCUCGGCAUGGCAGGCCGAUAGGGAAUUUUCCCUGAGAAAUAUUUGUGGCUCUUAUAGACAGACAGCUGUCAAAUACAGAGAGCUGUCAAAAGCACACUUCUUCAUAGUUUCCCUCUCUAACCCAGCCCCCUUCCACCUUAGCUCUGUAAUGUGUUUUAGGUUAGGAUUAGUCGGGCAUUAUCCCUUAUGCAUUUUGACUUGUUUCACUACUGCCGCCUCCUCUGGUUGCAAUAAUGAGUGAGGCUGUAGGAGAAUGGCAUGGUGGCACGUGGAUGUGGGCUGGGUUAGGAAUAUCGUUAUCCACUGAGUUUCUGGUAAAACAGAAAUGAUGCUUUAUUAUUGGUAGACAAGCACAAUCAGUGGCAUGCCAUCCUUGACUGUUGUUCUGAUGACCCUGCGACGUGUUGCUCACCAGGAUCUGACAUCCUGAUCCAAAAUAUGCUUUGGGGAUGCAGACGACUUCAGAUUAGUGAACUUCAGCCAGUUCCAGGGUGAGGACCUUCAACAAGCAGUAUAAUGCGGAAGCCAAGCCCUCAGAAAGCAAUAGACUGGAAAGAUGGCAAAAAGCACAAAUAUGGACGUCUGUCAGAACCUCCUUCUCAGUACCAAGGUCACUUCGUCUGGGACAAAUACUUGAAAGAGACAUGUUCCAUCCCAGCUCCUGCCCAUUGUUUCAAGCAGUCGUACACCCCACCUACCAACGAAUUCAAGAUCAGCAUGAAACUCGAAGCCCAGGACCCCAGAAACACUACUUCCACUUGCAUUGCUACUGUGGUGGGGCUGACAGGUGCCCGUCUCCGAUUGCGCCUGGACGGCAGUGACAAUAAGAAUGACUUUUGGCGGCUGGUGGAUUCUGCAGAAAUCCAGCCCAUUGGGAACUGUGAGAAGAAUGGAGGGAUGCUGCAGCCCCCUCUGGGGUUUCGGUUGAAUGCUUCAUCUUGGCCCAUGUUUCUCCUGAAGACUCUGAAUGGAGCAGAAAUGGCUCCUGUUCGGAUUUUCCAUAAGGAGCCGCCAUCUCCAUCCCAGAACUUCUUUAAAAUGGGGAUGAAACUGGAGGCUGUAGACAGGAAAAACCCGCAUUUCAUCUGCCCAGCCACCAUUGGGGAGGUGCGGGGUUCUGAGGUCCUCAUCACUUUUGAUGGCUGGAGGGGGGCCUUUGAUUACUGGUGCCGCUAUGAUUCUCGUGACAUCUUCCCUGUUGGCUGGUGCUCGCUGACUGGAGACAACUUGCAGCCCCCAGGAACAAAAGAUCAUAUAGACUAUAUUUACAGUGAGGAAGUGGUGAUCCCAAAGAGCCCCUUCCCUGUCCCGGACGUGAUCUCUGAAAAGAGCAGCAUGCACAGUGGCACCAAGGCCAUCUUGGAACAUCAGCCUGGACAGAGGGGCCGCAAACCUGGGCGCAAACGAGGCCGGACACCCAAGGCUCUGACCAGCCACCCUCUCCCUGCCCCCUCCAAAGCAGUGGAGCCUUUGAAAUUCCCCAAAAAGAGGGGACCAAAACCUGGCAGUAAGAGAAAGCCUCGGACUUUGCUCAACCCAGCACCCACGUCUCCUACAACAAGCACUCCUGAACCCGACACAAGUACAGUGCCUCAAGAUGCAGCUACUAUCCCCAGCUCUGCCAUGCAGGCCCCUACAGUUUGUAUCUACUUGAAUAAGAAUGGCAGCACCGGGCCUCACCUGGAUAAAAAGAAAGUCCAGCAGCUACCAGACCAUUUUGGACCAGCUCGAGCAUCUGUGGUCCUCCAGCAGGCGGUCCAAGCUUGCAUCGACUGUGCUUACCAUCAGAAAACCGUCUUCUCAUUCCUGAAGCAAGGCCAUGGAGGCGAGGUCAUUUCAGCUGUGUUUGAUCAUGAGCAGCAUACUUUGAACUUGCCUGCUGUCAACAGCAUCACCUACGUCCUCCGCUUCCUUGAGAAACUCUGCCACAACCUACGCAGCGACAACCUCUUUGGGAAUCAGCCCUUCACUCAGCACCACCUACAGCACUCCCGCGAGUACGACCACGACAGGUACCUACCAGACAGGAGCAUUUCGUUAGACGGCUCUCUGCAGGGACCUUGCCGGGGCACAAAGAGAUAUUCCCAAGAUUCCCCUCCAUACAGUGCUCCUCUCUCCCCCAAGUUACCAAAGAAUGACCGUCACCCUUUGGAAGGUGAGACAUUUGUCCUGGGUGAUGGCCUGCCAGGCCCUUUGGAGCCUCGUCUGGACCCCAUGGACUCUGCCUUGACCGCCGCCAACGCAUCCAGUCCCAGCAGGAAUUCCAGAGACUACCGACUGCAAGCCUACAGGCACCUGCACCAGCCCUCCAGCCUCACUCAGUGUGGCCCCUCUGCCUUGCAACGGCUUAGUGCUGGAGGCUCAGACAGAUAUCUUGGCUCACGGGACGCCUCACGGUUUGUCAUUCGAGACCCCUCUGCCUGGACCGUAGAGGACGUCAUGCAGUUUGUGAGAGAAGCUGACCCCCAACUGGGACCCCAUGCGGACCUCUUCCGGAAACAUGAGAUCGACGGCAAGGCCUUGCUCUUGCUGCGCAGCGACAUGAUGAUGAAAUACAUGGGCUUGAAGCUGGGGCCCGCCCUGAAGCUCACCUACCACAUCGACAAGUUGAAGCAGGGCAAGUUCUGAAGAGGAUCCCUUCUGGACUCCCCUUGCCCACAUUCCUUGCCCACCGCACGAGGAGGGCUUCACUGCCGCCGCCUUUGCCGGCACAAAGAGAAAGGAAGCCUCUGGACGCCCUUCACCGUCCAGCGGGAUUUGGCUUAUGGGCUGCUCGGCCUCAAGAGACGGGCAUUCCCUCUGCUGGUGGCGCUUGGGCCCGCGGUCCGCCGUACAGGGAAGAGGCGGCUUCUCCUUGGGCGUAUGGAACUCAACCAGAUCUCUUCAGAGCCGAGUCUGGGUCGGCCUCACCCUCUUUCUUUCCAAAAAUACACACUUGCCACGUCCCCUUUGCUGCCCUGCUGGGAAUCCUCUUCAUGCUACAGGAAGAGGGCAGCCAUUGACAGUGUUUGCAAUGGCAGGAGCUGCUCCCUUAUUUUGUGCCAUACAAGACAAAACUGACUGCGAGGUGUCAGCUCUGGCGUAAAAGAAGCAGCAGCUGCUAACCCGAUGGCUCACUCCCUUGGGGUCAGGGAGGGAGGGAGGGGCGUACCGGCUUGCUAGCCCUGCUGGCUUGGGACGGAAGUCUACGUUUUCACUUGGUGCUGUUUUGGCCUCUUGUUCCAAGGAGGUCUCGAGUGUUGCUAGUGUGAGGGCAGAAAGCUCUGACAUUGAUUGGGAGCAAGGAAGAGAGGGGAUCUGUGAUGGGCCCAGCAAUGGAGCGGUGUCAGUAUCCUAAAGAACCAUCACUCACCUGCAGCUCAGUGGGGAGGAAAGCACAGGACCCCACUCCUGGGCAGCCUAGUUUCCCCCCCCUCCAGGAGCUCGAAAUGUUUUUGUACUCGCUAUUGAAACAGCAACCAAGUUAACUCCCUACCCCCACCCGGGGAAUUAAAUGUUAUUCCACAAUGGUACCAUUAAUUCACCAUUACGGUUCACACUGUCAGUCUUUCAGUUGUACCUGCCUGACAGGUGUGUGUGGGGGGGCGGGUAUCAGAUGGGUGGGGUGGGGAACACUUAUCUGACUAGUCUGUCCUUCCCAAACUCGUGGGGAGCAGAAGUCAUUUUGUAUGUAUGUAUGCUGGAAAAUGUUUAAUGUAUUUAUUUUUAUGGCACUUGAGCAGUGGCCCUUGCCAUCCCAGAGCAGAGGGCUUUUUUACUGCUGGCAAAUGAGGAUGGGGAAAGGAGGCAGCAAGCUGGUGCCCCCAAAAGCUCCACUCCAGGCCCUCAGUUGAAGCCUCCUUUGCUUGCAGAGACAGUAAACUAUAUGCUCUGUUAAAUCAUCAUGAAGAGAUGUGCUUAACUUUGGCAAUGUUUUUUUUAAAAAACUCAGCUAUGGGGGUCCAGGAGCAAAGGGUGUGUGGCGGAGUCAUAAAUCCUUUAUCCUGCUCCAUUUUCUCUACAAGCUGGUGCUAAAAAGCAGACCAGGGAGUGAUUUGUUCAGAAAAACAGCAGAGAGGGAAGUGUAAUAAUAAAGCCCCUAAUCUGGAUAAGGCCUCCCCCCAUGGUUGUUUUUAAAAAAAGAAAUGUUGCCCAACGGAGAAGCACCUUUUCUUGACUGAUUUAGCGUAGCAUAGAGGUGGGCCCUUUCUCUGUUCUUCCUCAUGUAUGCCAAAGCCGCUUGAGCACUUCUCCCUGGCUGACAUCCCAAGCAAGCUCCCGCCUCGGGAGGCUCUGGCAGGGAUGAGCUGGGAGACCGUGGACAACUCCCCCGGGCCUCCUGCGCGCAUGCGUUGUGCCCCAGGGCUCACACUCCCAAGUGGUGCUGGGAAGCCACACGGCUCUGACCUUGCAAAGUGCUUUGGGGGCACAAGUAGCACUCUGGAGUGUUUAGCCCUCUAGUGCAACAGCACCCACGCCGGAGGACCAGGGGAGUUGCAGGAGGGCGCCUGGGUGGCCCUGCAGAGCCGCCUCACCUUAGGACACAGAUAACUGGAGCCUGAGGUCCAGUCAGGUGUGGCAGCUGGGCUGCCCUUUGCUCAGGAACUUGGCAGGGGACAGCACGGGGCUCAUCUCUCUAAGGGUGUGUGUGUGUGUCACGCUCUCACUCUCUCCCCGGGUCCCACUUCACUGCCCUUCCAGUGGAUGGGUCUUCCUCUUCUCUCCCCCUCCCCACCCCUGCUCUUCUGAAAGAGGUGCUUUUGGGAGUGGCCAGGAGGGAGACAGUAGAGACCACUGAAGCUGAUCAUACAAAACAGCCUCUCCAAAUAAGCAAUGAAAAUUCACAGGCAAUAAGCCAAAUGUGGUGGAGGAGUCAGAGCUCACCACAGUGCCACAGAGUGAGGUGAUUUACUGGGAGGUAGCCCAGGUGGGGCGAGGAGGCCCUCUCCUGUCCGGACUGCCUGGCUGCAGAAUUAACACCUCUGUGAGCACUGCCUACCGCAGCGAGCAGGGGGCCCUGCUAAUAUUCUUUUCUGCACUUAUUCUGUUGGUUUUGUUUAUAAAUAAAGAAGAGGGGGAAAGUA